CUCAGCGGGAGCCACCUGCGAAAGGAUGGAGCUACAUAAUCAAGAUUCUGACCUCAAGCAAAUUUACCACCGGUUGCUGAGUCCACUGACGCUCUUCCCCAAGAAGGCGACGCCUCCAGAGCCUCCAAAGCGCCCCUCGCAGGAGGUCUCGCCUUUGCAAUCCAUCCCGCUCGCGAAGCUAAAAGUGGGGCCACUGUGCCGUCAGGUGUCCAAGCGGCUAGCAGGCAGUGGGCGGGCGGCGCGGGUGACUCCCAAGGAUCGACUCCGUCUCACCCAGGUUAUCCUAGAGGAGCUGAGGUGCAGCUGGCGGGAACCUCCUGCAGAACCUAUUUUAAACUACGAAAACAAUCAGAGGCUGCGGAAGCGGCUGGAGUCCUACGUGCUGAUCUGUAGUGAGCAGCUCUUCAUACGAUACCUGCACCUGCUGGUGACCCUGCCGGCCACUAGAAGGGUCUUCACUGAAUCAGCCACCCUCAGCCGGUUGGCAGUCAACCUUGCCAGGGAUUGCACAGUUUUCCUCACCAGUCCCGAUGUUUAUCGCUUCCUGCUGGCUGAUUUCCAGACCUUGCUGAAUUUAGAGCAGACCCGGGGAGGUAUUCUCAAGCUGCGACCCCCAGUUUGCCCCCCUGGGACUUUCAAGCUUUGUCCAAUCCCCUGGCCUCACAGCACCGGCUUGGACCAAGUGCCAUGCUCUAGCCUCAACCUGAACUACCUUGUCCAACUCAGCCGCCCAUAUGAUUUCCCCAGUGAGCCCGAACCUGACCCAGUAAAGGAGUUGAAAUCCAUCCCCGAGCUGAAGAGUAGAAAGCAGCUCCUCUGGGUGCUCUCCGCGAAGAAGGAAAAAGAAGUUGAAGUUAGUCCCUCAACGAUGGUACCACUGCCUAGCCAUUCUCCUCGCAGCAGUGAGAUUUCCCCCUUCCCCACUUCACCAAUCUACCCCAGGCUCCCGAGGGGCCAAUCCAUGCCCUGUCUUCGUGAGGGAUGGAGUCUGGCAGAUGAGUUGGGCCUCCCCCCUCUCUCCCCUCAUCCCCUCACCCCACUGGUCUUGGCUCCAGAGAGAAAACCACUGCUGUUUGGGGACAUGGUGGCUGAGGAUCUGAAGCAGACGACAAAGAGCAUGGCAAUGGAGUGGGCUCACUACUCACCACUGGAAUCGAGCCUGCCCCCCCUCCUUGGGGUCCUUACCAGGCGCUUGACUGCCCAGGAGCACAUAGAGAACCUGCAGCAAAUGCUGAAGAGCCUGCAGGAUGAAGAAGCCUCGGGGCAGUGGGAUCUGCACCCCUCAAGAAUCAGUCCACUUCACCCACAGCCAGUGACAAUUACCGUGAAGCUACAAAAUCAGGUUGUGGUACAAGUAGCUACUGUGCAACUCUCAGACAGAUACUAUUCUGACACCUUUCACGUUGAGGGGGCUGGAGUUCUAUACAACCAUCUGACUGGGGAGCUGGACUGCAAAGCCAUCGAAGAAAUGGAUGCUGAUCGUCUUGUUGGCAAUAGCACCAAAGAGAUAUACAAGGAAUUGAUGAGCCGAGUCUCUACUAGUCACUUAUCUUUUGAUGAAGGACCCCAGAUUGAGCCCUCAGCAGAUAAAGAUUGGUCCACCUACCUGUCCUCAGCUUUUAUAUACCAAGAUAAACAUUUCCCAGUCAUCAACCACGAUCUGGUUGGAUUUUACUCCAGGAGAACAAGCAUGCAGCUGUCGUGCCCUGAGAAGACACCUUCUCUCACAUUACUCCAAAGGCGCAAAAGCUGGGACAAGCGGCCAAACAAGGGUGUAUGGGUGAACUGGUGGAAAACCUCUGUGUCUAGCGAAGACUAUUUAAAGUACCUCACCACUCAGCAGACGGAUUUCCUCCACGUCAUCUUCCAAAUGCAUGAAGAAGAAGCUGCUGUGGAGAUACCCGCCCCUGUGAAAGACUCGGUGGAGAUUCAGCACCCUCCUCCCCUGUUGGAAGAUGAAGAGCCGGACUUUGUGCCAGGAGAGUGGGAUUGGAGCUCAGUGAUAGAGGACAGUUCAGGACCUGGGAGAGCCAACAUCUUAACCCUGCAGCAGCGUCUAGAACGACUGUGGGUCAUGUUGGAAGUCCCUGACCAGAGCCGGCUGGACAUGGUUGUUAAGUACAGCUCCAAGGCACGCCUACAGCAGCUGCCGGCAUUGAUCAGGGCCUGGGAGCGGGUCCUAAAGCCCAUUCAGAAGCGGGAGCUGUUGCUAGGGAGACUGGAGUGGUUUGAACGUCAAGCCUCUGACCCCAACCGCUUCUUCCAAAAGCCUGAUUUGGUGCUGAGUCGACUUCUGGAGGAGAAUCGAUUCCGUAGCCAUAUCCAAAGGCAGCUCAGUUUAAUGGAGUCUUCUUUGGUUUCCUUGCUAGAAAAGAUAGAGUCAGUCUUUGAGGAGCCAGUGACCUUCAAGGGGCGGCGCUAUCUAGAGAAGAUGAAGCAGGACAAAGUGGAGAUGCUGUACUGGCUUCAGCAGCAGCGGCGGGUUCGAAAUCUGAUCAAGGCCCAGAAAGCCUUCCACCAAUCGUCCGUGUUCACAAGGGGCAGCAGUCGGGCUUUAAUAGCUCCUGGGAAUACUCCUACUACCCACUAAGGGGCCAAAUGUCCCCAAACCCCUUCCUAACUCGCAAACACCCAGACACUCACAUAGACCUCUCAAUAGCUUUAGAACAACUAUGGAUAUUUCUACAAGGGACUGAGAAUCUUUGUCUUAGCAGUCUAGAUAAAAGGAUUCCUCAAAUCUGGUAUUCUGUGUAUGUCAACAGUGCUAUACAAUACAACCUUAUCAAAUGGUCCCUUGGAGUCCAUUAUAACAUAGGUCAGACAGAGCAAGUCGUGAUCUUUAAAAUAAUUCAGUUUAGUGUCAUUGUCCUACUAUAUUAAUUGCCUGAUUAUAGCUCCAAGUCACUCUUGUUUAGGCUCAAUAGAGUAACACUUAAGCACGACAGCUCUGAAAUUAACAGCUGCCAUCUUAAAACAUUCUUUACUAGAUUUUUACCAAAACAAACAAACAAACAAAAAGUAAGUUUCCUUCCUACCUCCAAUCCUCAAUUUCCUUCUUACAGAUAGCAGUUGUUACCAUAUUCUGUAUUUAACAAGUGUUUAUUGAGCAUCCACAAGGUGUUAAGCUCAUAAUCUGUAUGCUGCUUUCCUCUUCGUUCUUUUGUUUUGUUUUGCACUCAGUUCCAGGGAAUACAGUCAUCAUGAAAGGGAAGUUAUGAUGACAGGUACAGGAUGUGGCUGGUCACAUUACAUCCAUAGAGAAAGAUGAAGGCUGAGUCUGAGGAAGCUUCUUCUUUUCCACUGCUGCUUCCUUUGUUUGAGACAGGGUCUCACUCUGUAGUCCUGGCUGUCCUAGAACUUACUUUAUACACCAAGAUGAACUCAUUUCACAGAGAUCCACUUGCCCCUGCCUCCUGUGUGCUGGAUUAAAGGUGUGCACCACCAUGGUUGACCUAUCUUUCUUCUUUUUAUGCAGCCCCAGACCCUUGUCUAUGGAAUGAUGCUGCCACAUUUAUCAUUGCCCCUCAAUCUAAUCUAGAUAACCCAUCUCAUAUAUCCAGAGACUUGUCUCUUUGGUGAUCGUAGAUCCUGUCAAGUUAACCGUAUUAAUGAUGAUGUCAUCAGUGAGUGAAUUAAAGAUUUCUUUGUUCAUGUUCCACUCUCAAUAAACAGACUGUAAACAUGUCACUAA